UGCCACAACCGAGUAACUACGGCAAGGAGAGUUUGGGAAUGACUUGUUCUCAAAGGACUUGCAUUUAGGGCGCACUACUGACUUCAUAUUUUCACUGCUAUUUUUUUAACACUGAAGCACAAACGUCCAGUGUUUACGAAUUAUCGUGGACUUUCUUUUCUCUGGAGGGCUGCGACCCAUGAUGAGCGGACAGACCUAUGAGAAGAAGAUAGCGAGCUUUUUGACCGAUCUCCCCGGAUCUAUGAGUUGCCAUCCGAGCUCCAAGGACUCUCCGACUCUUCCUGAGUCAUCAGUCACGGACAUGGGCUACUACAGUGGACAAACGGCUCAUAGCCAUCACGAAUAUUACCAAAGUCAAACCUACGGUCAGCAAAUGAAUGCAUACCAUCACCAAUUUAAUUUGAAUGGAAUGGGUGGUGCGGGAGCUUUUCCCACAAAGUCUGAAUACCCUUACACAAAUUCUUACAGACAAUAUGGACAUUACAACAGAGAUCAUCUGCAAGCUUCACCUCAAAGCUCAGUGAAAGAAGAACCAGAACCCGAAGUUCGCAUGGUUAAUGGAAAACCCAAGAAAAUCCGCAAGCCGAGAACUAUUUACUCCAGCUACCAACUAGCAGCGUUGCAGAGACGUUUUCAGAAAGCGCAAUACCUCGCCCUACCCGAGAGAGCCGAACUUGCUGCUCAACUUGGUCUGACUCAGACACAGGUCAAGAUUUGGUUCCAAAACCGGAGGUCCAAAUUCAAGAAGCUCUACAAGAACGGCGAGGUUCCCCUUGAUCACAGUCCAAACGCCAGCGACUCAAUGGCGUGCAAUUCUCCGCCAUCCCCUGCGGUCUGGGACAAUAACUCUCUCACUACCCCCGCCAGCAGGCCCCAGGUGCCGCAAACGCCCCUCAACUCUUCGCCCCCCUACCUGGAGGAUUAUAACAACCACUGGUACCAACAGGGAUCGCAUCUACAGCACCCGGGCGCAGUGCAUCACCCAGUACCGCAGCAAAGCGUUGGGGCUGUUUAUUAACAAAAACGAAAACGAUCUUAAUACAAGGCCCUUUGAAAUAAACUGAACUUGAUUGAGCUCCUAAAAGUAUAAGCUGGCCUGUUUUGGACGUAGAACUGACAAAGGUCUUUUGGAUAAUAUUGAGAGCAUUAGGUAAUUCCCUGAAACGUUGGGUAACCCAAUUUUAAGCUGCCUACCGAGGGAAUAUUUCAAAACUCAGUUUCAAAUUCACAAGCACAUAAGGGAUGUCAAAUCACUUGUAUUUAAAAGACGUCUGGCGUGCAUGGUUUUCAAUUAUUUAUCGCUUACGUUGUAUUUCUUUUUUUUCUUUUUGUAAAUGACUAGGCCUAUGCAAAAUCAUAUUUUAACAAGAUCCAAACACAAUAAUGUCAAAACUGUGCAGUUGAUCUUUAUUCAAUGAUAUAUAUGGGUUUGCAGAGUGCGCGUCAGAAACUCAGGUCAUAUUUAUAUCGAUUUUUACUAAACGUCGAAGGCUGUACAUAGGUGUUAAUAGAAAGCAGAA